UUGAAACGCUGAGUUCAGUUGGAGAGCCCGAGCACAUCACACAUCAAGCUAACGUAACAGAAUGGGCGCCCCUGCCAACUCUGUUUGGCUGCCGCCGCUGCUAAUGCUAAUGGUAAUGGCAUUAGCACAGCUGGCAAUAGGGCAGAACAAUGACACGACCAGUACCAGCAGCAGCAGCAGCAGCAGUCCAAGCAGCGUCAGCAGCAGCAGCAGCACUACACUCCGUCCCAGCAGCAAUGCUGAUCUGGUAAUUGGAGGUGAUCUGAAUAAAGCCGCUCGCGUAGAGCAGAUGGACAAAGAUCUGGAAACUGAUUUGGACACCAACACGGUGACGCCGAAAAGUGCAGAUGAUGGCCACUACGAUCUGAUUGACGUCAUGGCCGCCACUAGUGCUGGCGUCGGCAAGCCCAAGAGUGGCCAGACCACGCGCAUCUAUACCACCGGCGACGUGAAUGAUGAUUUCUGGCUAAAGCACUUGGGCGAUGACUUCAAGCAUGCCAUUCACCUGCAGGUGGGCGGCACAAACGAAGACUACAAUCGCAUCAUCAAUCAGACGAGCAAUGGCAUACAUGAGGAAGUGCAUCAUGAGUAUUUGCCGGGCGCCGAACGACCGCCAGAGGUGCAACGGCAGGAACAGCAACGGCAGCAGCAACAGUUGGGCAGAUCUGCUGGUUAUGGCCACCCUAAUUUGGUCACCCAGCUGAGUCUCGACGGCGAGGCAAUGUCGCUCAAAAAUAACUAUCUCAGACAGCAGGCAGAGCAGCAGCAGCAAUACGCACGAGGCUAUGCACUGCCCAGCAUGCACUACAGCACACACACCGGCCAUGCGCACACAUAUGCACGCACACAGCCACACACACACUCACACUCGCACUCACACACACACACACACAGCACACAGCACACACAACACACACACGCGCAGUCUGGCAAGGCACAAAGUGGUUUGCGCCAUCGCUACAAAUCGAACUCGGGAAACGCAGCUGCAUCCGAGUCUCCGGCGCCCAGCUACAUCAACUCCAGCGAGGACACCUUGGACGCCGCCCAAUCCCAGGCCGCGCCCAGCUCUAGUGUCGUGCGAUCGGAGGAUUUGGAUAGCCAGCUGCCCUUUAAGUCGGCCUUCAAUGACUUCGGCAGUCGACCCACUCGCGAUCUAACCUAUUUGCUUUAUAAGCGCGGACUCUGAGUGUCGUCUGACUAAAUAAGUUUAGCAUUUAAUAACUUAAUAAACGCCACAAA